CGCGCCAUGGAGACGGGCCUGGUGGCCCCCCCACGCCGCCAUGGGGCCUCAGCGGCCCCCUCGCCACCCCCUCGAGGCCCCCGGGCCGGGCCCGUGCUGGUGGUGGCCCCCGGGCCCCCGGUGACCACCGCCACCUCCGCCCCGGUGGCCCUGGUGGCCCCCGGCGAGGCCAGGCCCGCCUGGCCCGCCUCAGCCCCGGCCUUGUCACCUGAGGCGACGCCCGCCAGGACAGGGCCGCCACCAGCCACGGGGACGCCCAGCACAGUGGUGGUCCUCACCCUGGAGUCGGUGACGUCGACCGGCGGCGGCGCCCGCGUGGCGGCCUCGAGGACGGACCAGGCCCCGGGGUCGGGAGACGUCCGGGCCUCCACGAGAACGGUCCUCCCCGGCGGCGAGGCGACGUCAAGCGCGGCCAUGGCGGAGGUUGGCGGCGAGGCGACGUCAAGCGCGGCCACGGCGGAGGUUGGCGGCGAGGCGACGUCAAGCGCGGCCAUGGCGGAGGUUGGCGGCGAGGCGACGUCAAGCGCGGCCAUGGCGGAGGUUGGCGGCGAGGCGACGUCAAGCACGGCCAUGGCAGAGGUUGGCGGCGAGGCGACGUCAAGCACGGCCGCGGCGGAGGUUGGCGGCGAGGCGACGUCAAGCGCGGCCACGGCGGAGGUUGGCGUCGCCCCCGCCGCCCGGCCCGGCCUGUCCCCUCAGCCCUCCAGAGCCGUUCCCGGCGUCAAAGUGACCACCAAGCCGCCCGUCGCCCCCAAGCCGGCUUCGGGACCGGCGCUGGGCGGCCUCCGAGGCCCGGAAGAGCCCGGCCCGGCGGCCCCGGUGGCCGUGGUGACGGUGACGCCGGCCCCGGAGCCGGCCGAAGCGGUCCAGGACUUGGGCUCCACGUCCAGCUUGGGGCCCGGGAUCCCCGGCCCGCGAGGGCAGGCCCCGGAUAGCCUGAGCUACUUGGACUCCGUGAGUCUCAUGUCGGGGACCCUGGAGUCUCUGGUGGACGACGCCAGCUCCAUGGGUUCCGACUCGGAGAUCAACGGGCUAGCCCUCCGCAAGACGGACAAAUACGGAUUCCUUGGGGGCAGCCAGUAUUCGGGCAGCUUGGAGAACUCCAUCCCCGUCGACGUCGCUCGUCAGCGAGAGCUGAAAUGGCUGGAGAUGUUCAAUAACUGGGAUAAGUGGUUGUCUCGGCGCUUCCAGAAGGUGAAACUGCGUUGCCGGAAGGGGAUCCCCUCGUCCCUAAGAGCCAAGGCCUGGCAGCUCCUGUCCAACAGCCAAGAACUUCUGGAACAGAAUUUGGGGAAAUUUGAGGAACUAGAGCGAGCCGCCGGGGAUCCCAAGUGGCUGGAUGUGAUUGAGAAGGAUCUCCAUCGUCAGUUCCCCUUUCACGAAAUGUUCGCUGCUCGCGGCGGCCAUGGGCAGCAGGACCUGUACCGCAUCCUGAAGGCCUACACGAUCUACCGCCCGGACGAGGGCUACUGCCAGGCGCAAGCCCCCGUGGCCGCCGUCCUGCUCAUGCACAUGCCGGCCGAGCAAGCCUUCUGGUGCCUGGUGCAGAUCUGCGACAAGUAUCUUCCCGGCUACUACAGCGCCGGGCUGGAGGCCAUCCAGCUGGACGGCGAGAUCUUCUUCGCCCUGCUGCGCCGGGCCUCGCCCCUGGCCCACCGCCACCUCCGGCGCCAGUGCAUCGAUCCCGUCCUCUACAUGACCGAGUGGUUCAUGUGCAUCUUCGCCCGCACCCUGCCCUGGGCCUCCGUGCUGCGCGUCUGGGACAUGUUCUUCUGCGAGGGUGUCAAGAUCAUCUUCCGGGUGGCACUGGUGCUUCUGCGCCAUACCCUGGGCUCGGUGGAGAAGCUGCGCGCCUGCCAGGGGAUGUACGAGACCAUGGAGCAGCUGAGGAACCUGCCGCAGCAGUGCAUGCAGGAGGACUUCUUGGUUCACGAGGUGGUGACCCUCCCCGUGUCGGAAGCCCUGAUCGAGCGGGAGAACGCGACCCAGCUGAAGAAAUGGCAGGAGACCCGGGGGCAGCUGCAGUACCGGCCCUCCCGCCGCCUGCACGGCUCCCGGGCCAUCCACGAGGAGCGGCGCCGGCGGCAGCCCCCGCUCGGCCCUUCCUCCAGCCUCCUCAGCCUCCCGGGGCUCAAGAGCCGGGCCGCCCGCGGCGGGGCCGCCCCCUCGCCGCCCCCGCCCGCCCGCCGGGCCAGCGCCGGCCCCUUCCCGGGCCCCGUGGUCACCACCGCCGAGGGCCUGCGGCCCUCCCUCCCCUCCCCGACCGGGAAGAGUGUCCCCCUGGGCCAGGGAAAGGAGGCCAGGAAGCAGGAGAAGGAGCGGCAGAGGCAGGAGAAGGAGCGGCUGAGGCAGGAGAAGGAGCGGGAGAGGCUGGAGAAGGAGCGGGAGAAGCAGGAGAAGGAGCGGGAGAAGAAGCGGGAGAAGGAGCGGCAGAAGCAGGAGAAGAAGGCUCAGGGCCGGAAGGCGUCGCUCCGCCAGAAGCCCGAUGGGCCGCCGCCUCAGGAAGCGGGCGACGGGCCUUCCCCCGUCGGGGGCCAGCAGGACAGUUAUUUCUAGCCCCUUCCCCCUCUCCCUGACGGACUUCACCGCCCCUUCUCCCCCCGUUUCCCGCCCGCCCUCCUCCCCGGCUCCCCCUUCCCCACCGUUUCCCGCAGCCAACUACAUCCCAGACGUCCCUCAGCCGGGUGGGCCCGGUCGUAUUCCCCCCCCCCGCCGCCCCCAUCCCUCGCUCCAGUAUUUCCCCGUUGUCGGUGGCCAUCGCUGCUUCCUCUCCCCCCCCCCAACCCGCCGCACGGCUCCCGUUCGGCCCGGCUGCCCCGUCUCCGUGCCGUUUUCACGUCUUCGCUCCUGGCGGUGCGGGGCCGGGGGGAAGGGCCCCUUUAGGGGAGGUUUGGCUCUCCGGAUUCACACUCCUAGGAGCGACUCGGUCGUUCCCCUUCGGUGGAAGAAUGGCUCAACACUCCUUUUCUCCUGGCCUUAACCAGCUCCUCAGCUCCCCGUCCUCAAGCCAGACUCGGGGAGGGGGCCACGUGGGUACCCCCCUCUCUAUUUUUUAUAUAUAUAUAUAUAUCUCUCUGAUGUCUCUAUAUGUAAUUAUGUACACAGGACUCUGGGGACAUUGGGAAACAGAUCUCGGAUCUUUCUUCUUUGCUUCCCUCUCCCUCGUUUUGCUUGCAGGUUUAUUUAAGGGGACUGGCACUGGAUCGGAAGUGUCCCCAAACUCCGGCUUUACCGUUUUCUCGUCUCCCUGACCUCCUCUAUCCUGUUCCCCCCCCCACUUCCCUUUCUGGCCACCCUCGCUCGGUCGCCGCCGUGCGCGUCUCUUUCCCGUCGGAGUCGGAUUUCCCCUCCCUCCUCCCCGGGAGGGAAAGGUUGUUUACAGUCCGCCGCCCGUCUCGCCCUCCCCGCGCCUCUUCUACCUCCACCCGCCCAGGCCGCUCGCCCCCAGCCCACGUCGCGCUCUGUGGAACCGGGAAAGAACAAAACUGCUGUCGUGC